AUGGCACAAGGCGCCAACUUCCCUGGCUUCAUCGGCGCCGUGGGUGGCCAUGCUGAUGGCGCGAACUUUGGCGGGAACUUUUGUGACAUGGCCUUCUACCAGAAACUAGGGGAGGGCUCCAACAUGUCUGUUGAUAGCAUCAACAGCAUGCAGACCAGCAUGCAUGGCGGAUCCAUCGCCAGCAGCGUUGGCUCAAACAGUGACUCCCGCACUGGCAUGCUUGGCCAUCCUGGUCUCAAGGGGCCUGUCAUUGUGGGAAGCUACUCGGUUGGGCACAGCAGCUUCCGCCCUGGCCGGGUGUCCCAUGCCUUGAGUGAGGAUGCGCUGGCACAUGCUCUGAUGGACAACAAGUUCCCAACUGAGACACUCAAGGAUUAUGAGGAGUGGACUAUUGAUCUGGGGAACCUGCACAUGGGCAUGGCCUUUGCACAAGGUGCCUUUGGGAAGCUCUACAGGGGAACAUACAAUGGGAUGGAUGUUGCUAUUAAGCUUUUGGAGCGACCUGAGGCUGACCCUGAGAAAGCUCAACUCUUGGAACAGCAGUUUGUCCAAGAAGUUAUGAUGCUUGCAACACUGAGGCACCCGAAUAUUGUCAAAUUCAUUGGUGCGUGCAGGAAGCCAUUGGUUUGGUGUAUUGUCACAGAGUAUGCAAAGGGUGGAUCCCUUAGGAAUUUCUUGAGCAAGAGGCAGAACAGGUCUGUUCCGCUGAAGUUGGCAGUCAAGCAGGCAUUGGAUGUUGCACGCGGCAUGGCCUAUGUCCAUGGCCUUGGGUUCAUUCACAGAGACCUUAAGUCAGACAACCUCCUGAUUUCUGGUGAUAAGUCCAUUAAGAUUGCUGACUUUGGAGUGGCUAGGAUUGAAAUCAAGACUGAGGGGAUGACACCUGAAACUGGAACAUACCGCUGGAUGGCUCCUGAGAUGAUCCAGCAUAGGCCAUACAACCAGAAAGUUGACGUCUACAGUUUUGCCAUUGUCCUGUGGGAGUUGGUAACUGGGAAUCUCCCUUUUGCAAACAUGACUGCAGUGCAAGCUGCAUUUGCUGUUGUGAACAAGGGUGUGCGACCAGCCAUACCCCACGACUGCCUCCCCGCCCUUGGGGAGAUCAUGACCAGGUGCUGGGACGCAGACCCUGAAGUCCGCCCCCCAUUCACUGAGAUUGUGAGGAUGCUGGAACAGGUGGAGAUGGAGGUUCUGACCACUGUCCGUAAGGCUCGGUUCCGCUGUUGCAUCGCCCAACCGAUGACGCUGGACUGA